UGGGAGUUUAGUUAUUGAGUUGAUUUUCACAAAAGAUUUCAUUUGAUUUGUUACAGUCCUUUGAAGUAGCUGCUGGAGAGCAGCACAAGAUUUGCACAGACAAAUGGAUGAAGACUAUUAUUUAGAUGAAAAUUACUCAUAUGAAUACCCUAAUGAAACCAAUGUCUGUGAAAUGGGUGACUACUUCACAUUUAACAUCUAUCUCACUGCUGUCCUCUACAUUCUGGUAUUUUUCCUCAGUCUGCUAGGAAACACUUUGGUGUUAUGGAUCCUACUGAAAUAUGAAAACCUUACAUCUUUAACAAACAUCUUCAUCAUGAAUCUCUGUAUCUCCGAUUUAGUCUUCUCCUGCAUGCUGCCAUUUUGGGUAGUGGACCAGUCCUUUGGAUGGAUUUUUGGUGAGUUCCUUUGCAAAGCAUCAAAUGCUAUUUUCUCCAUUGGCUACUACAGCGGUGUUUUCUUUUUGACUCUCAUGACUAUCCUGAGGUACUUGUUUGUCGUGAACCCCCUUUCAACUCUGAGAUCCCAGACGCAAUGCUGUGGUGUUCUGGUGUCCUUGGCUGUCUGGACUGUUAGCAUCUUAAUUGUGGUUCCUGAGGUGAUUCACACCACAGUGCAAAAAGACUUGGAAGAGCACAGGUACUGUGAUUAUGCAGAUGGGAACUGGAAAAAGGUAGACAUUUAUGUGAGAAAUGUACUCUUCCUGUUUUCCUUUGGAGUCAUCAUAUUCUGUUACUUCAAGAUACUCAUAAUCCUGCUUAGAGCAAGAUCUCGCAGAAAGCACAGAACUGUGAGACUCAUCCUCAUUAUUGUGGUGGCUUUUUUCCUGUGCUGGGCACCCUACAACAUCCUCAGCUUCCUGACUACUUUUCCACCACCUACCUGUCAGUAUGUAAAAGACUCCAGCCUUGCCUUUCACAUCAGCCGUAAAAUUGCUUUCUCCCACUGCUGCCUCAACCCUGUGCUCUAUGUAUUUGUUGGAGUGAAGUUCAAGAGGCAUUUGGCACAGUUAUGCAGUCUGUGUUUACACUGCAGCAAUGGGCAAGCCUCCAGCCCAAGGACCUGCUAUGAAGUCAAAUUCCAGCAUGAAGGGACAUCCGUCUACUGAAGCAAGACCUAACUAUUAGGACUAAUCCUGAAUGAACUUUCAGAUUUUGCAUGCUAUGGAUAGCCUCUAAUUCUUAGAGGCACUUGCCUGAGAAAGACACACAAAUAUACUCUUCACAAACAUUCUGUGUAUGGAAAAUAACAAAGUGUAUUUGCAGUGGGAUAGAGAGAUGAGAAGGCGAAGAAAUUAUUUCACUGGCCUGAAAGUCUUAAGUUCACAUUAUUUUGCACAGUUAGAUGGAUUUUCUCUCACUUAUACUCCCUUUUGAAAAGAAAAGAAAUUGCUUUUCCUUUGGGCAUUAAAACAUCAGGUUUUAACAUAAAUGUUGUUGCAUAUCUCUUUCUUACCUGACUUAAAAUACUUGGAUUGUAUAUAGCAAUGGACACAUAGGUAUUUUUGUAAAUUUUAAUGCUUUUCAGAGUUUAACAGUUUACUCAUUGUUUGUUUUUGGUUUUGUUUUUUUUUUAAUGGGGGCUGAUGUCUCUGGAUUAACUGUGCUGACAAUAGCUACAAGACCUCAGAAUUUCUGAAGUUGUUAGGGCAAAUGUUCUUUUAUCUUCUGGUAGAUAAAUAUAUAUAAAAAUAACUUUGUGUAAAAGUAGCCUUUUGGGUCUGAAAUGGAAACUUUGGAAGAGCCUUAGAAGGAGCACAAGCUGUUAAACAGAUACUUCACUAGGAUGUGAAGUUUUCCUUCUGUUACUGCCCUUUGCCACAGGAUUCUUCCAGUCUUUCAAUAUUAUUUCAGAUGAUGGAAGCAGAUCAACAGCUCAUCUCCUGAGCCAAACAGAGCAUAUUUGCUUCUAAUUGCUCUUACCCUCCUUUCUCCCUUUGCCAUGGUGCUGAGAACACUUAAACUUAAAAACAGGUUAUAGUGCAAGAACAAAUGACUUUUUAAAUAGCAGCAUAAAAAUGGCUUGCUUUAUUUGUAAAAUUGAUGUUUGGGGUUUUCUUUCUUUGUUUGUUUGGUUGGUUGGUUGGUUGUUUUUUUGGUUUUUUGUGGGGUUUUUUUUGUUUGUUUUUUGUUGUUUUUUUUAAGAUGAACUGAUAUCCUUCUUCAUUCUAGCUCAAUAGGUAUUUUUAGUCCCAGGCAGUGUAACAUAUAGUACAUACUCUAGUGUAGCUGUAACGUCCCUGUAAGUCCCUGUAAAGCAGAAUAUUUAAUUUCCCAGUAUUUAUAUGGAAAGCCUAGGUAGUUUUGCAGUGGCACCAAGCAAUGGUUUAGCAACAGUUCUAAGCAACAACUUGGCUUUUCGGGCAUCUGUCUUAAAAUGUCUGUGCUGUUUCCACUCUAUUUCAUUUGAUCUCUAAAGAUUAUCUGGAGCAGACAAAAGAUUCUUCACAGACGCUGUGUAGUUUAUGGAAAGGAGAAACUCAGAUAGGCCCAUAAUACAAUAUCCUAUUUCUGAUUAUACUCAGAAGCAAGAAUACCAAAGGAAAAGCAUAAGAAUGGGGUGAACAUACAUGAAAUAGACCCAGAGAGUCUUCCCGGGGCUUGCCCAUAGGUUCUAGUUUGUUCUUCAGUUUAGUUGCCAGCACAAAGUGUUUGUAUCAUGUCCCUUAUCAUCAGAUGCCCCCUUCUGAACUGAUCAGUCUCAGUAUCUCACUUACUACAGUUACUGCCUAUAAUGUAAAAAAAUUAAAAGGGGACUCAUUAAUUCUACAGGGUUCCAAUUCACUUGUGCUCAGACAAACCAUGAAAAGAUAGAAGUUGUCAUUUUUUCUGGCUGUGGCGGAGACCAGCCUUUGGCUAAUGCUUUCUGACAAGAAACAUUUGAAAUGAAUGUGGCUUCAAAAGACUUUGGGCUGGGGACUGAAUACUGUAGAUUAUUGAAGAGAUAACUUAUUGAAGGACAAAUUAGUCCAAUUUCUUCUAUUCUAGUAAUCCAGGACCACUUCAUUGGUACCGGCAAAUCUGCACAAGAGGAAAAUACUGUUGCCACAAAUACCAAGGAGGUCCCAUACACCUACAUAAUUUCAAUAAGUUGUCAUUCAAUUCAUUGUCCUAGAGCCACAUGACUGUGAAAUCUUUACUGUUCAUAUAUUUUACAUCUGUCUAAAACAAAGCUGAGAAUUAUAAUAGAAGAACAAAGUCUGAAAUUAUCCUGCUCUGCCCAGUUUUUAGUAAAUUAUGUAAAUACGUUUGUAACUUCAGCAUAUUUUGUUACAGUGUAUCUGAGUAUGUAAAAAUAAUUCUUGAUAUUACCCAACUGUAUUGCUGCCAUAACCAAAGUAAUUCAGAAUGAAGAUAUGCUGCCUCCUGAUAUAAUGAAGUAGUACUAAUAAACAUUCAGAAAUCCCAA